UUUGUCCCAAUUUUCAAUUCGUACACGACCUUUUCCCAUUAGCAAUUUAGCAUUGCAUGUGAGUGAAGGACAGAGAGAGAGAGAGAGUAGCAGAGGCUAUUCUGAAAGUCGUCUCCACGUUCUCUUUCGCACAUCUUGUGGGGUGUGCUGUGUCUGUGUGUGCCACUAUUGUCAUAUUCCGCAAAAUCAGCUUUUUCCUGUGGAGUUUUGAAGCUUCCAUUCUUUUGCACAACUCCUACUCCAUACAAAGACCCUUUUUCUGAUAUUGUUGAAGGUUUCAUUUUUAGUUCAUGGGUUCUAGCCAGUGGCAGUUUUGGAGAUCUGGGCAUGCUGCAUUUUGCACUUGACUUUGGCUGGAUCAUAGUGCUGGAUGCUCCUUGAUUUGUGUUCUGCUGCAAAAAAGGGUUUGUUUCAUGAGCUGGGUUUCUUUUCCCCAUUCUGAAUUUGCUUUUACUUUUAGUAUUGUCAGGUGCUGUAGCCUACAAAAGUGUUAGCUUUCCUGAAAGUAGUUUGUGGGUAUUGACUUUUUACUCUUUGCCAAAGUUCUUUUUAGGAAUUGGGUCUUGGUGGAUGUGUUGGUUUUUUCUCUGAAGAAAUUUGAGCAUUGCUUGUGGAAGGGUUGAUCUGAAAUAUCAAGUGAUAUUUGAUCUGGAAUGUUGUGAUGGUCUUGUUUCUUGUGGGAAAAGAUUGGAAAAUCUACUGUUAGUGGUUUUAGGGAGUAUCAAAGUAGUGGUGAUGAGAGUGUUUUGCUAGUACAUUUGUGAUGAGAGUGUUUUGCUAGUACAUUUUGAUCUUGAAGGAAGAUUUGUACUUUGCAUAGUGAUGGCUUCAACCCUUUCUCCAAAUGCUUCUCCUUCUGCUGUGCCUCCAGCAUCUGGUGGUGUUCUAUCACUGCCUCCUUCUUCAUCUUCUCUAAUAAAUUCCCCCACUCCACCAUCACCACCCAAUGUAUCUCAGCCUAAUCAAACAUCCAAUUCCCCUGCCCCUUCAUCUCCUUCUGACCCUUCAGCUCCACCUCCUUCUCCUCCACAGGCAGUGCCAGAAACUCCUCCUCCUUCUCCAUCCCUCUCUCCUCCCCCAUCAUCCACACCACCACCAACUUUGCCCCCUCCUUCACCACCAGCUUCUCCACCACCAGCAUCUCCUACACCUCCAGUUGCAACAUCACCACCAGCACCAGCAACCACUGCCCCUCCUCCAACUGAGACUACACCUUCCCUUCCAACUUUGUCCCCACCACCUCCAGCAACUGGUUCCCCUCCUCCUCAAUCUUCAGAGGCACCUCCCACAACAAUUCCACCUCCCUCUCAACCGACUUCACCGUCUCCUCCUCCUCCAGCCAAUGUUCCAAGGCCACCAUCCACCAGUUCUCCUCCUCCACACAAGGAGAAUCCACCUAAAAUAACUCCUUCACCUCCUUCACAUGCAUCCCCUCCAUCAGUUUCUCAAUCCCCUCCAUCUCCUCCUUCCAUUGAUGCUCCCCCUCCAUCCACAUUGCCAUCAAUUCCUCCUUCAGUCCCUUCAGGCUCUUCACCUCCGGUUUCUUUGCCCGACCCCCCAACUAAUAAAACAACUGCCGGAGGUCCAGGUGGUCCAAGUGUAUCAUUACCGUCUCUUCCAACUGAGAAACCCACUGCUAGGCCAACUAAUGAUGGCAGUAAUAUGGCCUCAAACAUCAAACCUUCACAUUCAGGAGGGUUAAGUACUGGAGGAUCUGUGGCUAUUGGCAUUGUAGUUGGCUUUAUUGUCCUCAGUCUUCUUGUUAUGGCUGUGUGGUUUGUACAGAAAAGAAAGAAGAAGGUAGCUGGAUCAAGAGGUGGUUACGCUGCACCUUCUCCAUUUACCUCAUCCCACAAUUCAGGUACCUUAUUUUUGAGGCCACAGUCUCCAGCAAACUUUUUAGGUAGUGGCUCUGGUAGUGAUUUUGUAUAUUCACCAUCUGAACCAGGUGGAGUAAGUAGUUCACGAUCAUGGUUCACAUAUGAAGAACUUAUCCAAGCUACAAAUGGUUUUUCAGCACAAAAUUUAUUGGGAGAAGGCGGAUUUGGUUGUGUCUAUAAAGGUUUGCUCAUGGAUGGAAGAGAAGUAGCUGUUAAACAGCUCAAAAUUGGUGGUGGGCAAGGGGAACGUGAAUUCAGGGCAGAAGUUGAGAUUAUUAGCCGUGUACAUCAUCGUCAUCUGGUUUCCUUGGUUGGUUACUGUAUAUCUGAUCAUCAAAGAUUGCUUGUGUAUGACUAUCUUCCCAACAAUACUCUUCAUUACCAUCUCCAUGGUGAAAACAGACCGGUUCUGGAUUGGCCAACCAGAGUCAAGGUUGCAGCUGGUUCGGCUCGUGGAAUUGCUUACCUACAUGAAGACUGCCAUCCACGCAUCAUUCAUCGAGAUAUCAAGUCAUCAAACAUCCUUCUAGAUCACAACUUUGAAGCUCAAGUUUCAGACUUUGGGCUUGCAAAAUUGGCGCUCGAUUCAAAUACUCAUGUGACUACACGCGUAAUGGGAACCUUUGGGUACAUGGCACCAGAAUAUGCAACAAGUGGGAAACUAACUGAAAAGUCUGAUGUAUAUUCCUUUGGGGUUGUGCUUUUGGAGCUAAUUACUGGUCGUAAGCCUGUAGAUGCAUCUCAGCCAAUUGGUGAUGAGAGCCUGGUUGAAUGGGCUCGGCCUUUGUUGACCGAAGCACUUGAUAAAGAGGACUUUGAAAUUUUGGUGGAUCCAAGACUGGGAGAGAAUUAUAAUAGAAGUGAGAUGUUUCGGAUGAUUGAGGCUGCUGCAGCCUGCGUGCGCCACUCAUCAGUAAAGAGGCCGCGGAUGAGUCAGGUAGUGAGAGCUUUAGAUUCCUUAGACGAGUUUACGGAUCUCAAUAAUGGAAUGAAACCGGGGCAGAGCUCGGUGUUUGAUUCUGCACAGCAAUCUGCACAAAUAAGAAUGUUUAGAAGGAUGGCUUUUGGGAGCCAAGAUAGUUCCAGUUUCUUUAAUGAGUCUCAGAGUAGCUGGAGGAGUAGAGAUCAGGAAUCAACUACUGUGUUUUCCCAAAACAAAUCUGCCACUUGGAAUGUUUGAGUCAGAUGAUUCACUCUUAUCUUUAGGGAUUGCAGAAAUUUUGAUUGAUGCACAACACAUUGCAUUUCCUUGGGUGUACUCUACUCUGUAAAUCUCAUUUCUAAUAUUUUUGUUAUCUUUAUCAUGAUUUUGCUUGCUAUGGCGCUUUGAUUCUUUGUAUAUUAGGUUAUUUGUUACAGAACUCAAUGUAUUUAUUACUGAUGUUAGUGAUAUAAUACAUGUAUAAGUUGUGACCAAUCUGAAUUCAACAUUCCUUGCAAUUUAAAUUUCAUUAAUAUGCGCAACUU